CCGGUUAAUCUAGGUUCCGGACGAAGAAUGCACAGAGGGAACGAAAUCUGGCCGGCGUAUCAAACUUAAGAGUAGUUUCAAACACCUCCGAUUACGGAAAUCAAGACUCUGCACCGGUCAAGCAUGCGAACACGUCCAUAUGGAAGGAAGCACAUCAUACGGAUGACGGGUAUUCCGACAUCGUUGUUCGAGCACGAAUGGGUUACGCCCAGGGUCCGCUACUCUGAGGUCGGACACUUGGCACUUGGCACUCCAAAUGUUCUCAGAGCCAAUAAGCUCUAGGCGCUCGAUCAAUCAUCAUACGAGCGCGAAUGGGUUGCGCCCAGGGUCCGCUACGCCGAGGGUAUAUCUUCCUUGAGUCUUCGCACGGGCACAAUUACCUAUCCGAAUGACCAUGCACGUCCCCCCGGAACUAACCGACCUCAUCAUCGACCACCUCGCACACGACCCCCCCACGCUCGCCUCCUGCUCUCUCGUCUCCAAAGCUUUCUUGCCCCGCUCACACACACACCUCUUCAGCAAGGUAACCAUCGGGCACCCCUCCCGCCCCAACUCGGGGAAACAGUUCCUCCCGCUCCUCCCGUGUGCCGGUCCAUUGGUCAGGUCCGUCAGGAUCGAGGCAGAGUGUGGGUUCCAUGAUAAGGAUGAUGAUGAUGAGAGGGUGAUGAACGAUCUCAUUGAUGAGCUCUUAUGGAAGACGGCACAUGAUAAACAGUGGGUCGCACAUGACCCUGCCCUGCCCGCUAUCCUCGCGUCGCUGCCGAACCUAACAUCCCUAGACAUACGCGCCCUCCGGUGGAGGAACCCCUCGCGCGUAUGCCAGUUCGUACCGUCGUUCGAGCACACACUGGCUGCCAUAGCACCCCAGAUAACAUCCCUCCGUCUGGAUUAUGUGCAAUUUGACAGCCUCCCGGGGCUCUUGGGUAUUUUGGCGACAUUCCGGGGGUUGAGGAAGUUGGCGUUGGGUGUGAUUAUGGCACCGCCAUGUCCGGUGGUGCUUCCGGGGAAGAUGAUGGUCCCGCUGGAGAUCGAGGAGCUGGAGGUGAAGAUGGAAGGAAGCGCAAGAGUCAUUGAGCUGCUGAUGGCGAGUGCUACAGGGUACAGAUGGAGCUGGUCAGGGCAUUGGUAGAUCUUUCGAGAGACUCGCUGGAGGAUUUGGAGAUUGAAGAUUGCGUAUUGCCGGUGGAUCAUGCCGUUGGAUGUGCACCAUUUAAAGACAUUGUCGGUAACGCUGUCAUCGGAUUCUUUCCCCAAGGUGAUGCGGUGGUGGGUCGGAGCACUUGGAAGGGAGGAAACGUCGAAGAUCCAGCAUAUAAAGCUGAUAGCGCAGCAUCGUAGUGCUGUUAACGUGUUCUCGGACACAGAAUCGUGGCGCACACUGGGUAAAGUACUAGAACAUGCGCGAAUGGGCGCAUUAACGCGCGUAGACAUCGUGG